AUGGUAAAUUUGACUCCGAAUUCUCAGGUAGAACACGUUGCAGAAGCAAGAGGAAGUACACAGUCACUAUUUCCUCCACGAAACCACCAUAACUGGGGCUCUAGACUAGGCCGCCGCCGAAAUGAAUUUAAGGGAGAGCCCACAACCCUUAUUCAGUUAGAGGAACGAGCACAGAAAUCAGUGACACUCAUGGAGAAACAUGGGGCGAAAUCUGAACAGUACACGUUGGUCUGCGGCCAGGUGGCGUUUGAUUUUACACUCCACAUAUCCAAGGUCCAAGUGAACAUACGACAACUCAAUGUGAAACAGCGCAUG